AUGCAUCUUCAAUCGAAGCCAAGCGGGCAAAGCCGUAAAUUUGCGAUAAUCUUCGUUCUCGGUGCUGCUGGUGCAGGGAAAGGAACUCUAUCGACAUAUCUCGCGCAAAAGCACAACCUCGUGCACUACUCCGAAGAUCUGAAUCCAUUCAUCUACCGGCCGAUUCUCGACGCUAUCAACCGCGAUGGACGUGAGCUCAACGGUAUUCUGAUCGACGGAUAUCCAAGAUGUAUCGAACAACUGAACUCUUUCCGAGCAUGGCCGUUCCAGUAUGUUGCACCUCUCGCCCCUGGCAGCGACGGAAAGGUCAGCUUGGAUAUCAAGCCGGAUCUCGUACUCUCGUUCCAGGUCCUGAAGCACAACGCAAGGGAAAGAUAUCUGAGUCCGGCGAGAGACAACAACGAUAGUGUACACAAGUUUGAGAAGCGCUUCACAGAAUAUCAGGUCGAGACUGUGCCUGUCGAGGACGAACAUCGAAGACGUGGUGUCUUGGUACCAGUUGACUUCAAUGAAACAAAGGAGGAGAACAUCCAGGUUAUAACCAAAGCACUUCAAGAGUCUGAGCUAUGGGAAAUGCUUUCAAGACCGAGUAACGAGAGGCUGCAUGAGUCUUGUCGUUAG